AUGUUAAAAUUUGCCUCGGCCGAACAUGGGUAUUCGGAUGAAGCAGGCGUCGGAGCGAAGGAGCUUGUACAGAAACUCCUGAAGUUGCCCAAAAAGAUAAAGGAUAUGUUGUUUCGUAUUGAUGCCGAAGUAAACAACGACGAACGAAAAAUCCGUUUAAUUUGUGUUGUGGGCUAUUCACACACACAUCUACGUGUCGUGACUUCGGUGAUGGAUGCGCCGGCGGGCUAUGUUUGCAAGAUCGAACACCAGCAAGAAUUACGCAUUCCAACCGAGUUACAAAACUUCUACAAAACUUCUACAAAACAUACAUCAAAUUUCUGAAACAACUCUAUCAAAUGAAGAGGUCGAGGAAUGUUCAUAACAUCAGCGUCCAUUUGCGUCUCAUCUUCCUUUAACUAAAAAAGGACCGCUGCCUGGCUGUCCAAGUGGUG